GAAGAGCAGCUGUGCACUCUGUCGCCUGUCGCUGUGGGUUUGGGGCUGGAUCGACUCCGGACAGCCAGGCGUCCUGUCGGUUCCCUGCUCCUGGAGUUGAGUCUUGCUGCAGUCCUCUCUGCGAGCUCUGCCCUGGAAUGUGUGGCGGCCGAGCUGGGAGAGCCGCUGAAACUGGUCGGCGAGCGCUACUAUACCAGCCAGGACCGCGGUGGGACGGCCUGCACGGUGGAGCUGCCAGGCGGGAGCCUUGGGCCCGGGUCCCACAGGACUCACGGGGAGCUCCCGAGCUGCGGUAAAUCACGGACUGCUUUGUCUCCACUGGGUGCUCAGGGUUCGGUGUCAUUUGAGGACGUGGCUGUGGACUUCACAUGGCGGGAGUGGCAGGGCCUGGAUGCUGCUCAGAGGAUCCUCUACAAGGACGUGAUGCUGGAGACGUACAGCAGCCUGGUAUUCGUGGGGCACUGCACAACCAAACCUGAGUUGAUCUUCAAGUUGGAGCAGGGAUUUGGGCCUUGGUGCAAAGCAGAAGCCUCAGUCUGGAAUGUUCGAGCAUGUGUCCCGAUUGAGACCAUCCAGGGAAAUGAAGAAAGUCAUUGGUAUGAAGUGAAAACCACCAGCAGCAGUGUAUCAAAUGAAGAAGUGGCUGAAGCACAGCUGAAGGCUCAGUGGGAAAUUCAGCGAGGAGAGAAAUCCAGUUCAUGUGUGGAAACACACUGCCAGAGGCCGCUGCACAAGAAGAACCACGGGUGUGGGAAGCCCUGUGAGUGUAGGCACUGUUGUAAAGUUGUCCAUGAGAAGCCAACGCUCACAGAACACCAGGGAACUGAAACUAAAGAGAAGACCUACGAGUGCAAACGGUGCCGGAAAGCUUUCCACCACAAGUCCCAUCUCUUUCGACACCAGAGGACUCACACAGGAGAGAAGGCCUACGCAUGUGAAGAGUGCCCGAAAGCUUUCUACCACAAGUGCCAUCUCAUCCAACACCAGAGAACUCACACGGGAGAGAAGCCCUAUGCGUGUGAAGAGUGCAAGAAAACCUUCCGCCGGAAGUGGCUUCUCACUUUACAUCAGAGAACUCACACAGGAGAGAAGCCUUAUGGAUGCAAAGAAUGUAAGAAAGCUUUCUUUUACAAGUCCCACCUCACUCGACAUCAGAGAACCCAUACGGGUGAGAAGCCCUAUGAAUGUGACGAAUGUAAGAAAGCUUUUUGGCAGAAGUCAAACCUCACUGCACACCAGAGAAUUCACACCGGUGAGAAGCCCUUUGAAUGUAAAGUGUGUAAGAACGCUUUCUACAACAAGUCAAACCUCACUUUACAUCAGCGGACUCACACCGGUGAGAAACCCUACCAAUGUGAAGAAUGCCUGAAAGCUUUCUACAGCAAGUCAAAACUAAGUCGACACCAGGCGACUCAUGCAGGAAAAGUCACAAACAGCAUGAGAAAACGAACCUGCAUAACCUGACCCUGAAAUGCGUCAGAAUCUGUCCACAGUCUGGAGAAGGUGUCAGCACCCUGCUGAUCACAUCCGUUAGUGGAGAUGUGUUAGUCUGUGUCUUAGUUAGGGAUACUAUUGCUGUGAAGAGACACCAUGACCAUAGUAACUCUCAUAAACAAAGACAUUUAUUGGGGAGGACUUAUAGUUUCAGAAAUUUAGUCCAUUAUCAUCAGGGUGGGGCAUGAUGCUGAACAGAAAGACAUGUAGCCAGGGCUGAGCAUCCUGCAUCUUGAUUGGCAGGCAGCAGAAAGUGACUGAGUGUCCUGCAUCUUGAUUGGCAGGCGUCACGACAUGAACUGAGACACUGGCUGUGGCUGGAGCAUAUGUGAGACAUCAAAGCCCACCCCACAGUGACACACUAACUCCAACAAGGCCAUACGUUCUCCAACAGUGCCACAACUACUGAUAGUGCCACUCACUAUGCGCUUAUGGGGGUCAAUUACAUUCAAACUGCCACAGUAUAUAACCUCUACUCACUCCAAAUCCGUUUAGUAAGCCGUUGGUAUGAUGUUUUAGCAGCUUGUGUGUUUUUUUUUUUUUUGCAGUUCCCUCAUUUUUGCUUUUAAUUCUCCUAACACAGUAGCCAUGUGUUAAAGUAUUAAUUCUUCUCAUAAGUUAGACAGAGUGAUGGAGCAUAGAAAAACUGAGACAAAAAUUUUGGGUCUGAAGUAGGCAGGCCAAAUCCCAUCUCAGAGCUGAAACAACACAUGACAAUAUGUUUUUUUAAUAUUAUCCAUACCCAAAGAGCAUUUGAACCAGAGAUCUAAGGAACUCAGUGGUGGCAUCUGUGCCUUUACAACUAACAAAGGCAGACCACAGGCAUAAGGCAAGGAAACCCAAGAACACAAAGAAUGUUGCAUCUCAGAGGAAGCAGACUUGGGUACUUACUGCCAUUGCAGGCUCCUGUGUAAUCUUCUCAAAGACAUUUAGCUAUCUGAACUGCGCCCGUUGGUAUUCUCUGUUAGCAUUGUCAAAGGCUGAAGUUUCUAAUAACAUCCAUUUAAGAUCAGACUCAGAAAUAGUCUCUUCAUGCCACCAAGCCGUGAAAUGAAGGAAUUCAGCAGGAUCAAACAAGCCCAGGCCAGCUUGCCCCAGUCAUGGGGGAGAGUUGCUCUGUUUCAGCUAUCCCUCUCAACAAUCCCAUCAAACAUGGAGAUGCAGGUCUGCAAGAGGGUAUACUUUGUGUUAAAUCCUUAAGUAUCAUAUAGGGAAUAGGCCCCUAUUCUGCUCAUAUUCCCCUCUUAGGAAAAUUAUCAUCAACUCUGAGUCUAACGAAUUAGAAAUGUGUUGACACUUGAAAGAGGCACAGAUAGGUACACCCCAGAAUCCUGUUACUUUUGAGCUGAGUCCCAGGGCUGUUGCAGAAACACCAGCUGCAGGGAUGCAGAGGAAUGAAUGGGUAACAGAGAACUUUUCAUCUUCUGAAUCAUCAAGGGAGGCAGAUCACCGAGAUCCAGUGAUGGAGAUGACUUCUGUACAUAUGUUUCUUUUAUUGUUUGAUGAAUCAAACACUGUAGCCAAUAGGGCAGCAAGAUAAGCGGGUCUAGGAGAUGAGGAAGAUUCUGGGAAGUGGAGGCAGAGAGAAGUUGUCCUGUG